UUGCUUUUGACAGUUCUUUGAUGGUAUGUUAUGGCUGCCAGUAGUUCGGAUGAUAGUAGUGCAGCUCCCGGUAAUUUUCGAAUUUCGGCGUCUAAUGGCGACUCGGAUGGUAACCUAAGCCAAGCGACGACAAAGUGCCCGCUGUGCUUGUCGCCCAAGCAAAAGUUUUUCUGCAAAACUUGCCUCCAAAGUGGCGAUUUCGUACAUUCCGCUCAUCAUCUUUCCGAAAGAUUAUGUGAAAAGCAACGUAAACUGAAAAAUACCCAAGCCAGUCUGAAGAAAUGCGAAGAAAAAUGCGACUAUCUGCAGCAAAAGAAACUUCUAGAAGAAAAUCUCAAAUUAGAAAUCAAGAAAAAACGUGAUCGUAUUGAUAUUUUAAAGAAACAAAUUCAGGAUAAACGAAGUCGAGUGGAUCAGUUGGAAAAACAUAGAAGAGAAGUUUGUAAGCAAAACGAUCAAACAAGGAACCGUCUGCCGAAAUAUGAAAGCAAAGUAUUGAAACUAGGCGACUAUGUGGCUGACCGCUUAAAGCAAAAUGGCGACCUCAGCGACCAACUAACUGAGAAGCAUGAUCAAUUCAAGAAGUGUGUUCGCGUGGAUAUUCAACGAUUGCUCAAAUAUAUUUUUCCUAUUCAAGAGCUGAUACCAAAACAAGAGUUAAGUGAUGGAUCGGGUGCGUCGGAUACUGCUGCGGCGCUAGCGGAGGCUACAAAUACCACAUUCAUUCGAGGGAAAUGGGUCUUUCAGGAUAGUCUAUUUAACGAUAUACAGCAUGUCAUAGUGGCUCCUUCACUCCCCGCGAACGGAGAUUAUUCUGCGUAUUUGGACUGGAUAAUGCAGAACAAAGACAAUGCACCAGCCUCGGCAAGUACUGAAACGCUCCCAAGCACCCAUCCUGCGUACCGAAUCAGUGCCGCGCUUACUUUCGUGACACAACUUACCCUAAUCCUGAGUUUCUACUUGAAUGUACGACUACCGCAUAAACUGGCAUAUGGUGACUUCUGUCGGAAAGAGCUGAGUGACCAACAGUUUAAUCGUAAAGUUUCAAAAUUGAACACAAACAUCAUGUACCUGGCCUAUACACAGCAUGUAAAAUUAAGUUCAUUGAAUCAAAAUCAUACUGUGUCAAACCUGCUCGAAAUUCUCAAUCCGAACGUUAGCGAUUUAGGUCGCAUGGGACCCGUGGAUGUGGCAGACGCACCGCUGGUGAAAUCAAUUGAUUCACAAGUUCUACUGGAUCUGGAAACAGGCACAGAAUCUGAAACCGAUGAUGAAUCAUCUCUGCGUCAGGAGUGGGAAAACGUUCCUCAUUUCAUCCAAACGCAUGAUUUGAGUCCGACAGCGCCAUCGUCCACCGCCACAGCGCCAUUGGCAAACAAUCAACAAGCAGCAAGCAUAGCUGGCGGUCUAGUGACUAGCGCUGCUGCCAGCAUAGCUUCAAUGUUCCGGGGCUGGAGGCAGUAGAGCCACAUGUCCAAAAGCUUCCCAACUAGGAAUAAGCAUUAUGACACUGAUGAUAAUAAUAGCAAAAACAUAAUAUGUAACAACAGUAAUAUAACUUAGGAAAAAAGUGAGAUUGUUAAUAAUAUAAAAAUAACAUUAUGUAAAAAGUAGGAACCGAUUUACUUGGAAUAACAGCCAAAGUGAAUAUUUAUACGUCGAUCUUUCUGUAAGUAUUUCAAAGUCUAAAGGGUACAUCACUCUCUUUUUAAUUUCUAAUUCGAACAUUUCUAAUUGUUCAUGUGUAAAUAUUAAGAAUAAUGAUUACUUUAGCGCAACACAAUUUUUCAAUUGAAGUCUCGACAAGUGAAAUUGUGAUGUGUGAUGAAAUGAUACGAACAAACAGAAGAAAUAAAAUUAUUUUUGAUCAAUUUAAA